CCAUCUUUUUUAGGGGCACCCUGACUUCCGGCCCUGCGGAAGGGAACCAUACGAGGUUUGGGAGAGGCUCCGAAAUAGGGACUGAGCGGCUCUUUGAGUUGGAUGAAGUAGGCGGGAAUUUAGUCCUCUUCCAUUCCGCUCCGCAUCUCGCCUUCUGGCGCUGAGGACGUCAGGCUGACUUAGUGUGACUUCCGGCAUUCUCCAAGGCGGGCACUGAUCAUCCUCACGUGGAGACCUGCAGGGGGGAUUCCGAAUGGGAGAAGAGGGGGCAGGGGGCACCGUGCACCUGCUGUGCCUCGCGGCCUCCAGCGGGGUCCCCCUGUUCUGCCGGAGCAGCCGCGGCGGCGUCCCUGCCCGCCAGCAGCUCCCGUUCUCUGUCAUCGGCUCUCUCAAUGGAGUCCACAUGUUCGGGCAGAAUCUGGAGGUGCAGCUGAGCUCUGCGAGGACCGAGGAUACGACCAUCGUGUGGAAAAGCUUCCAUGACAGGUCCCCAGCCAGGAGCCUGGACAUUACCCUCAUUGUUCUGUCAUCCGAGAAGGGCACCUCGGAGCUGAGGCUGGAGAGACUACUCCAGAUGGUGUUUGGGGCCAUGGUUCUUAUUGUGGGACUUGAAGAACUGACCAAUAUCCGCAACGUAGAGAGACUGAAGAAGGAGUUGAGGGCCAGUUACUGCCUCAUCGACAGCUUCCUGGGGGACUCAGAGCUCAUCGGGGACCUGACCCAGUGUGUGGACUGCGUGGUUCCUCCGGAGGGUUCCAUCCUGCAGGAAACCCUCUCAGGGUUCGCCGAGGCCUCGGGCACGGCCUUCGUCAGCCUGGUGGUGUCGGGCCGGGUGGUGGCAGCCACAGAGGGCUGGUGGCGGCUGGGGAUGCCCGAGGCCGUGCUGCUUCCCUGGCUGCUGGGCUCCCUGCCGCCGCACGCCGCUCGCGACUACCCGGUGUACCUGCCCCACGGGAGUCCCACGGUCCCGCACCGGCUGCUGACCCUGACACUGCUGCCUGGCCUGGAGCUGUGUCUGCUCUGCGGGCCAUGCCCGCCCCUCGGCCAGCUGGAGCCGCAGCUUCUGGAGCGCUGGUGGCUGCCCCUGCUGGAUCCCCUGCGGGCCUGUCUGCCGCUCGGACCCCGGGCGCUGCCCGCCGGCUUUCCCCUCCACGCCGACAUCCUCGGGUUGCUGCUCCUCCACCUGGAACUGAGGCGCUCCCUUUUCACCGUGGAUCCCUCGGGAGACAAAGGGCCCACCCCUGAGCAUCGCCGGCACCUCCUCCGCUCCUUCUACACCUUGGUCACGGGCACGCACUUCCCACCAGAACAAGCAGCCCCGGAGAAGGCGGCCCUGGCAGCCCCGCGGGCCCCACUGCCCCGAGCCUGCUACCUGGUGACGGGACCCGAGGAGCCAGGCGCAGGAUGGCGGCUGGUGGCCCUGCAGUCAGGGCCCCGGCAGCUGCUGCUGCUGCUGUCCCCGCAGAGCCCUAGCCACGGGCUGCGGGGCCUGGCCACCCGCACCCUGCACGCCCUCAGCCCCCUCCUCUGACCCCUGGCGGGCCGGGGGACGCUGAGGGAGGCAGACACGGGGCGACUAGCAGCAGACACGGGGGUGACUAGCGUCUCUGUGUUUAUUCGCUCACAAUAAUACACGGCCCCAGAUGGGGAGGGGGCAGGAGGGGCAACAACGGGGUGGGGGAGGGAG